GGUAGUGAAGUGAAGGACAGUACGGCGACUAAAGCCCCUUUACGAAUGUUAUUGAAAUGCAGUACGUGCAGUUAUAUUGAAACGUAUGCAAAUGCAUACAGAUGAAUGUAGUUGCAGAAAUAAUUGUAUUUAUACAUAUAUAAUAUAUAUUUAUAUAUCCCCGAGUGAUAUAUAUUGACGAUCCGUUCAUGUGGCACAUUUGAAUGGUGUCUGUCUGACACAGCAGCAACAGUGUCAAAUUGAAGGAGAAGAAGUAGAGGAAAGAAAAAAUAAAAUUAGUGCAACUCGGAAAAGUGGUCGUUGUGAAGUUCUCAGUUUCCCGUUUGCGUGAAUCGAAGUGUGUUGUGCUGUUGGAUUCAUCAAAUUACCUCCUCCCUCCUCCUCCUCCUCCACCACCACCUCCUACUCCUCGAGAAGCGGCGGCGGCGACGGCGGUGGCUGUAUUCAUCAGGUGCGAAGCCGAGAAGUCGAUUGGGAAAGCGGUGUAAACAGAGUUGAGAGCCGUAGAUCGAUAAGACUGUAUUGUUGAGAAGCGAGAGAGAGAGUUGGUCACAGACGCGGGGGAGGGGGUGGGAUAGAAGUACCACCCCUGCCUGGAUCACACCACCACCACCACCACUGCCGCGCCUAUCGACCCAGCAGCAGCAGCAGCAGCACCAGAACCGACUCUCUCUCUCUCUCUCUGUCUCUGUCUCUCACUCUCUCUCUGUCUCUGUCUCUGUCUCUCUUGUUGCUCUUGUUACCUGCCCCCAUCUCUCUCUCUCUAUCUAUCUAUCUAUCUAUCUGUCUGUGUCCCCCUCCCCUCCCCACCCUACUCUCUCUCUCUCUCUCUCUCUCUCUCUCUCUCUCUCUCUCACUCUCUCUCAACCACCUGUGGACGCGACCACCUCUUCCUACCCGUUUCAGCCUUCGGUCUCACCACCAACUGCUGCUAGAUGGUUUCAGCAGCAGGUACUUUUGUCGUGUUGUCAUAGGGUCACAGAGGCCUUUCUCCUCCUGUGCAGGGGAAGAAAAAGAAUGGUGUCUGUCGUCUCCGUUGCCCUGACGAGUAGAAAAACCCACUCGCUGCAGGAGCAACAGCAACGGUCACCAUCACCACCACCACCUCGCCAGGCAACACGAAAGGGACGUUCUUGUUGAUGGAUGCGUGCCCUGUAGUACCCUACUCCACCUACUCUUAUAGUUCUUCUUUUUCUUCUUCUUCGCCUUCUCCUCCUCCUCCUCCUCCUCCUUCUUCUUGUUCUUCGUCAGUAAUGGCUCGCUAAUGAAGAACGCCGUUGUACCUAAUCCCAAGCUCUGCAGAAGUCGUCUACAAGUUCAGUAGCCUUGACGCCGAUGGAGAAGUAGACCUUCCAUAGAGGCGGUACACCUGCAGAGAAGUAGACCUACUAUAUGUCCUAUGGAAUCGAGCCUAGAGGUAGACCUACAGAAAGGUAGACCCAUAUAUGUCCUAUGGAAUUGAGCCCAAGAGGUAGACCUAUAUAUGUCCCACGGAAUCGAGCCUAAGAGGUAGACCUACAGAGAGGUGGACCUCUAUGUGCUACGGAAUCGAUCCUAAGAGGUAAACCUAUAUAUGUCCCACGGAAUCGAGCCUAAGAGGUAGACCUGCAGAGAGGUAGCCCCAUAUAUGCUAGGAAAUCCAUCUUAAGAGGUAGACCUGCAGAGAGGUAGACCUACAGAGGCACUCAGACCUAUAGGUAUAUGUGCCACGGAAUCGAUCCUAAAUGCUGAGGAGCAGCCAUCUGAUCUCGUUGGCAUCCAGUGGCGGCCGUUUGGGUUCUUGUUAUUGUCGUUGUCUUCGUCUCCUCUUCGCCAUGGCUCCUCCUCCUCUUCUUCCUCUUCUUCCUCCUCGGCAGGAGACGCCACUUCCACCACCCCCACCACCAGCACCAGCACCAGCAGAAGAGCCAUGUGUGCAACUGAGCCCUUCUAAGGCCUCGGGGCCCCUCCUCAGGUGGUGCGGCGGAGAGGAUCUGGUCGAAUUCGUGGUGGUCUCCGGAGUGGAACGUACUUCGCCGACUCCCUCCGACGCCCGCCGCCGCCGCUGCUGCUUCCUGUUUCUGAGGUCGGAGAGCGAGAGAGGGAGUGAGGGGAUGAUCCGGUGUUCCUGGACCAUGCGUGGCCAGUGUAGUAUAUCGUCAUCACUCGUAGAUGUAGUAGGUUUAGCCCGGUCAUUUUGGACGAUGUUACCUUGGAGGGGCCCUCCAUCGACGUGAGGCUUAUACAGUCUUGUCGUCGUCGAAGAUGCUGCUCGGCCCACCAGCCCUUGUCACGUCGACUUCGUCGAAUUCGUCGACAUAGGCAUCAUGAUCUUUGUGUUUUUUGAAAAGCCUCCCAUUUUUCUGGAUUUGUAAAAAAAAAAAAUUGACCCAAAUUCUAAACGUAUACAUAUACCACAAAAUAUAUAUAUGUUAUAUAUAUAAAAUAAAUUGCUGGUUAAAAGCCGUUUAGCUAGUGGAUUCCUAGUUGCGCCUUACGAUACAUGAUAGACUAGUUUGCCGCAAGAUAUACCCGCUUUCUUUUAUGGCAUACGUCCCGUAUGGUUAUUACAUUUGUAAAUGCGACGACAACAUAAAAUAUAUAUAUAUGUAUGCAUGUGUAUCGAUGAUGACUCCAAUUCCCCGCUGAGGAGUGUCGUCCGCGCGUGUUUGCUAACCAACUCGGGGAUAGAAAACCUCUGAAAGGAAAAUUGAGGUGAUAGAAAAUUUAAAAGAAUAAAAUAAUAGGAAAAAAAAGAAGCGGAAAUAUCCAUAUAUAUAUACACGCAAAGGAAAAGAAAAUUGUCCUAAAUUAAAGAAAAGAUAAAAAGAGAGAAAAGGAGGAAAAUAAUUAAAAAUAAAGAGUGUGAAAAGGUAUUCUCCAAGAUCCACUCCAUUGCUUCUCUCAGGACUAUGGAAGGAGGCCCAAGGCGAGGUCACCACCAGAGGUCUUUUUCCGAUGACCUGACCUCAGUCACGACGCCCACCUCAGCAGCCGCCCCCCUCUCGCCCCCAUUCUCCCCUACCCUUCAGCCCACAUCGCCCAUCACCCCCGACACGCCCACGGCCUUGCCCCUUAAUAAAGGUGGUGAGGUUGGGGCGUCGUUGGGCUCGGCCUCGGGAGGAGAGAAGCCCUUAUCGUCAGCGUGGCAGGCAGCGCUCAGCGGGGCCACCUCCAUGUCGCAGGCCCAGGUACCAACGGGGGGGGCGCCCACCGACGGCACGACACAAGAGGGUCGGAAGAGGCCUCCGCCCCGUAGGCCCGUUGGCAAGCCCCCAGAAAACCGACCCGUCAGAGCGCUCUUUUGCCUCGGUCUCAAGAAUCCUCUCAGGAAAGUCUGCAUCGACGUCGUGGAAUGGAAACCGUUCGAAUGGUUCAUCUUGCUCACCAUCUUCGCCAACUGUGUUGCCCUCGCUGUCUACACGCCUUACCCACAUUCCGACUCCAAUGCCACCAACGCCAAGCUGGAACAAAUCGAGGUGAUCUUCAUGGUCAUCUUCACUCUAGAAUGCAUGAUGAAGAUCAUAGCCUACGGUUUCGCGUUCCACCAAGGAGCGUACAUACGGAGCGUAUGGAACUCGCUCGAUUUCCUAAUCGUCGUCAUCGGUUUGAUCAGUGGCGCCCUAGAUGUCCUGAUGAAGGGGGAGGGGGGGGAGGCAGGAUUCGACGUCAAAGCUCUUCGAGCUUUUCGAGUCCUGCGUCCCCUCAGACUUGUGUCAGGUGUACCAAGUCUGCAGGUUGUCCUCAACUCCAUCCUCAAAGCUAUGGUGCCUCUGCUCAACAUCGCCCUUCUCGUCAUGUUUGUUAUCAUCAUCUACGCUAUUAUCGGUCUUGAGUUGUUCUCGGGCGCCCUUCAUUUCACUUGUUACAACAAUGAGACAGGAAAUCGCAUGGACAACCCACACCCGUGCGACAACGGCUCGGUCGGAUUCAGCUGUUCGAACCUCGACCGCGACGGCCAGUUUUUUGUGUGUAAGGACGGGUGGGAAGGACCCAAUUUUGGCAUCACGAACUUCGACAACUUCGGCCUCGCAAUGUUGACCGUGUUCCAGUGCAUUACCAUGGAGGGUUGGACGGACAUGAUGUACUAUAUCGCCGAUGCCAUGGGAAACAGCUGGCAAUGGAUCUUUUUCGUGUCGAUGAUCAUCUUGGGUGCGUUCUUCGUCAUGAAUCUUAUUCUCGGUGUCCUCAGCGGAGAGUUCUCAAAGGAAAGAGAAAAGGCUAAAGCCCGCGGAGACUUCAGAAAGCUCCGGGAGAAGCAACAGAUCGAGGAAGAUCUUCGAGGUUACUUGGAGUGGAUAACUCACGCCGAAGAUCUAGACCUCGAGGACAAAGAGGAUAAGAAAGAUUCAGACGACGGGCGCCGUUUAGUACUGCCGGGAGCGAACAACCGCGGAGCAAUGUCGGUGGCGUCCCCCACCUCCCUUCUGCUGUUCUUGCCCCUCUUCUCUAUGCGUAACUCCAAGGCUGUAGACGCAGAAAUUGACAAGGGAGAAGACAAUGACGAAACUUCCCAGCCCUCUUGGUGGCAGAAGAAGAAGAAGGGAUUUGAUCGCUUGGUGAAGGGGAUUAAAGGAAUUAAUCGUCGGGCGAGGCGGGCCUGUCGAAAGGCGGUGAAGUCGCAAGCCUUUUAUUGGCUCAUCAUUGUACUCGUCUUCCUCAACACGGCGGUGUUAGCCAGCGAACAUUAUCGCCAACCCGACUGGCUAAGCAAGUUCCAAGAUUAUACAAACCUUUUCUUCGUGGUGCUUUUUACGUGUGAAAUGUUGUUAAAAAUGUACAGUUUAGGCUUCCAGGGUUACUUUGUGUCGUUAUUCAACCGUUUUGAUUGCUUUGUGGUUAUCAGUAGCAUAACAGAGGUGGUGCUUACCUCCACCGAGAUCAUGCCCCCUCUCGGCGUCUCUGUGCUCCGUUGCGUCAGAUUACUCCGAGUCUUCAAAGUUACUAAAUACUGGCGUUCGCUCUCCAACCUGGUCGCUUCCCUCCUCAACUCCAUCCAGUCGAUCGCCUCCUUGCUGCUGCUCCUCUUCCUCUUUAUCAUAAUCUUUGCUCUCCUGGGCAUGCAGGUCUUCGGUGGACGUUUUAACUUUAACCCGACUGAGGACAAACCGCGGCAUAACUUUGACAGCUUUGUUCAGGCCAUGUUGACGGUGUUCCAGAUCUUAACCGGUGAAGAUUGGAACGUCGUGAUGUAUGAUGGCAUCAGAGCUUACGGUGGAGUUGCGACGCCAGGUAUCAUUGCCUGCUUCUACUUCAUCAUCCUGUUCAUCUGUGGUAACUAUAUCCUGCUGAAUGUCUUCUUGGCUAUCGCUGUCGACAAUUUGGCUGACGCAGAUGCUCUGGGUGAUGCUGAAGAGGAGGGCAAGGAAGGAGCGGAGGGAGAAGGAGGUGAAGGUGGGGAAGGGGAGAAGAUAGAAGAGGGAGGCGAAGAAGGGGAGGAAAAAACUGCUCUCAACCACAUAGCACUAAGGGAUGGAGAAACAGCUAGCCACACGAAAGUCCACAUAGAACUGGAUGACGUCCCCGAGGAAAAAUACGACGAAGAUAUGGGAGAAGAAGGGGAGUACGAAGACAUUGAGGGUGAGGCAGGGGAAAUGGUUCAAGGCCGAAGAUCUCCCCAAAACGAAAGCAGUGCUACUAAACUACAGCCCAUUCCAAAAUACACCUCUUUCUUCAUUUUUACUCAUACGAACAGAUUUCGCGUCUUUUGCCACUGGGUGUGUAAUCACAGCCUCUUCAGUAACAUCAUCUUGGUCUGCAUUCUCAUCUCGUCUGGUAUGUUGGCAGCUGAAGACCCACUUCGCUCCGAUUCUCAGCGUAAUACCAUCCUGAACUACUUCGACAUCUUCUUCACGUCGGUAUUCACGGUCGAGAUCUGCCUGAAGGUGACAGCCUACGGGUUCGUCCUGCAUCCUGGAGCCUUCCUACGCUCGGCCUUCAACUGCCUCGAUCUCUUGGUCGUGGCCGUCUCUCUCAUCUCUUUCUCUUUCAAUAAAGUCCUCCAGCCCAGUUCACAAAGACUGCCUGACAUCAGGCAUGCCGACAAGGUAUACCGCCUCGUCCUGGACAAAAUCCAGGUGGUGGGUGGAGGGGGUUCCCCGGAGGAGGGAGAGGACUCCUUCUUCUCGGGGGGGGACUGGAACCCUACUACUUCUACCACCACCAACACCCUCCCAGUCCUGGAGAUCGAACAGGUCCUCCUGCCAACGCUUGAUUAUUCAGGCGACGGCAAGGAGGCCCCGGAAGACUUGUUGUUCGAUUACUUGCGAGCCAAAUGGCAAACGCUAAAAGUGAUCGAGGCUGGGAAGUACGAUCCGGUCUUCAGGGAUGGAGCUAUCUCGGUUGUCAAGAUCCUCCGUGUGCUCCGUGUCCUCAGGCCCCUGAGAGCUAUCAACAGAGCCAAAGGUCUCAAGCAUGUAGUACAGUGCGUGAUUGUGGCUAUUAAGACCAUCGGAAAUAUAAUGCUGGUGACGUGUCUCCUUGAGUUUAUGUUCGCUGUAAUUGGAGUUCAGUUGUUCAAGGGAAAAUUCUUCCGAUGUAACGAUCGAGCCAAAGCUCUGGAAACUGAGUGUCGGGGUCAGUAUGUCGUGUACCACGACGGUGACAUAAGCAAACCGAUGGUGGAGAAGAGAGUCUGGGAGAAAAAUUCAUUCCACUUCGAUAACGUCGCCAAGGCUAUGUUGACGCUGUUCACUGUGUCGACAUUUGAAGGCUGGCCUGGGUUGCUCUACGUGUCCAUAGAUUCCAACACAGAAGACGUAGGCCCAGUCUACAAUUACCGCCCCAUGGUGGCUGUGUAUUACAUCAUCUACAUCAUCAUCAUCGCGUUCUUCAUGGUCAACAUCUUCGUCGGUUUCGUUAUUGUCACUUUCCAAAGCGAGGGUGAACAAGAGUACAAGAAUUGCUGUUUGGAUAAAAACCAGAGAAACUGCAUAGAAUUCGCCCUGAAGGCCAAACCGGUGCGGCGUUACAUCCCGAAGAAUCGUUUCCAGUACAAAAUCUGGUGGUUCGUGACGUCGCAGCCGUUCGAGUACGGCAUCUUCGUGCUCAUCAUGCUCAACACCAUCUCCCUGGCCAUGAAGUUCCGCGGGGAGCCGGAGGCCUACACGCAUGCGCUGGACAUCCUCAACCUCAUCUUCACGGCGGUCUUCGCCCUCGAGUUCGUCCUCAAGAUCAUGGCGUUUAGGUUUAAGUAUUACUUUGGAGACGCCUGGAACGUGUUCGAUUUCAUCAUCGUCCUGGGCAGCUUCAUUGAUAUCGUGUACUCGGAAGUCAACAAACUAGUGACCAAUCAAGCGCAGGCGGCAGCUGCGAGCAUGGACGCCGAAUACUACAGAAACAGAAAGCAAGAGAACCCACCGGAUUGGCCUGGCUCGAACCUCUUCUCCAUCAACUUCUUCCGACUGUUCCGUGUGAUGCGUCUCGUCAAACUGCUGAGCAAAGGCGAGGGCAUCCGGACGCUGCUGUGGACCUUCAUCAAGAGUUUCCAGGCCUUGCCAUACGUUGCCUUGCUUAUUCUCCUGCUCUUCUUCAUCUACGGCGUCGUCGGAAUGCAGGUCUUUGGUAAGAUAGCCCUGGACUACAAAGACACCCAGAUUCAUCGUCACAACAACUUCCAGAGCUUCUUCCAGGCAGUGAUGGUUCUCUUCAGAUCAGCCACAGGUGAGGCGUGGCAGGAUAUCAUGUUGUCCUGUCUCCCGCCGGAUGCCCAGUGCGACCCUCAGUCUGAGGACUACGGAAAAGCGGAGUCCUGCGGCUCGAUGGUGGCCUAUCCCUACUUCAUUUCCUUUUAUACUCUGUGCUCAUUCCUGAUCAUCAACUUGUUCGUGGCCGUCAUCAUGGACAACUUCGAUUAUCUCACCCGCGAUUGGUCUAUUUUGGGACCCCACCACCUCGACGAGUUCAUCACUCUGUGGUCAGAGUACGACCCCGACGCUAAAGGCAGGAUCAAGCACCUCGACGUGGUCACCCUUCUCAGGAAAAUAUCGCCGCCUUUAGGCUUUGGAAAACUGUGUCCUUAUCGUGUAGCUUGUAAACGUCUAGUAGCGAUGAACAUGCCAUUAAAUACGGACGGGACGGUUAUGUUUAACGCGACGCUCUUCGCAUUAGUCAGGACCUCGCUAAGAAUAAAAACCGAGGGCAACAUAGAUGAAGCGAACGAAGAAUUAAGAGCCGUCAUUAAAAAGAUCUGGAAACGUACAAAUCCCAAACUUCUGGAUCAGGUGGUCCCUCCCGUCGGAGUGGAAGACGAUGUGACCGUCGGCAAAUUCUAUGCCACCUUCUUAAUUCAAGACUACUUCAGGAGAUUUAAGAAGAAGAAAAUGGAGAUUAAGGAACAAAUAGACAAAGAGUCCCCCAACACUGUCACACUACAAGCCGGUCUUAGAACAUUACACGAAGCUGGUCCUGAGCUCAAACGUGCCAUUUCUGGCAACUUGGACGAGAUGCGUGACGAUGACAUUCCUACUCAUAGGCGUAACCACUCCUUGUUCGGCUCGGUUUGGUCGUCCAUGAGAGUGAAAAGCCUACAACGAACUCGCUCACUCCGCGUCAACUCGGGGCACCAUGCCAAAGGGGGAAAUAUCUUGCAUCCUGUUAUACUGAAAGUAAACAACCAGAUAAUGAAUAUGAUCUCUCCUACAAACUCCCUCUCCUACUCUCCUGCACACUCCAACGAGAAGACAGCGCUCAAUCACCUGUCUCACCGCCCUCCUACGCCUCUGGAAAGAUUGAUGAUUUGUUGGUCAAAACUAGAGUCAAGCUCACAGUCCAUUGGGGAGGAGGAAGAGGGAAUCCCCAUGCGUCCUCUCAGAAUAAUGAAUGGGGACCCAGAAAGAAGAGCAAACCUUGUGAUAAAGGACCUGAGUGAUGAGGAGUUGAGUGAAGGGCCAAGGCCCCCCACACCACCCCCUCGCCGUACCUCCACCCAUUCCUGGGGAUUGGGCUGCAUCGGUCGCCAGGACGCUCAAUCUCGUAGCUUCAGCAACAUCGCGGAUGGGCUGCGGCUGGCCCACACUCAAGCCUUGGCCGUGGCAGGCAUCGUGCAUCAGUCCUCUACUGGUUCAGCACCAUUCAGACGCGGCUUGCGAGCCUCUUUCCACGGCCGAGCAACCUCUCACAGUGAGAGUAAUGGCAGCCUUCCUGGUGACCGGCAUUCCCAGAGUGUGCCCAGCAGUCCAAGAAGCGUAUCGAGACCGUACUCUGAGGUCGUGGGCUCAGCUGAGAGUUUGGUUGGCAGGGUGUUGGCAGAUCAAGGUUUAGGGAAAUAUUGCGACCCUGACUUUGUUCGAACCACGUCGAGAGAAAUAGCAGAAGCCCUAGAAAUGACGACAGAGGAAAUGGAUCGGGCUGCCCAUAGUAUCCUGUCAGCAUCGCAGCAAGAACUAGCUGUUGAAGAUGCAUCCCCUGAGCGCCUUCACCCACAAAGAGGAUCGCUCACGCCUUCUAGACGCCAAAAUCAUCAAUCACCAUUAUAGAAGAAAAUACAUUCGCUAGGAUUAUAAACUUUUGUAUCAAGAUUCAUUGAUGUAUACAGUAUCAUCAUCCACAUUAAUUUUUUCCCCUCUCAAGUUCUUGGAUACUCUGUGACGAGCAACUGGAAGGCGCUUAAGGUAGUGGUAUUGCAUCUCAGGCAAGGCUGACUUGUGGGAAGUCGAAGAGCCAUCAAGAUUUACCUCUGCUGCAUAGAUAUGCUAGGAAAAGGACAAAGAAGGGAUAAAAUGUGAAAUAGAAUACUUUUGAUAUUUGAAAGCUGGUGAAAUAAAAAAAAAACACUUGAAGCACAGCAGUGCCAGUCUCCCAAACUUCAGAAUCUAUCUAUCCCUGCAUGAUUGACCAUGUCCUUACGUAGGAAGGGACUUGUCAGAUUUGAGGACUGCUAACUACUGUUGAUAAGGUGGCUAGUACUUGAACUGGGAAUAGUGUUGUUGAUUAGUGUUGGAUACACCUGCAAUGUGAACUGUUAAACCUACCGGAGGUUUGUCCCUUGUCUGUGAACGAUUCUUCAAGUUGAGAUUGUGAUGAUGUGCGAAACGGCAGAGUUUUAGGCGUGGAGGAACCGUUCUUUGGGAGACCCAUUUUUAUACAUGAGCAAAGGAGGCCUGAAAACAGCUAUGAAACUAUGAAUGUACAUACUACAUACUUUUCACAUGUCGUCAGUCUUCUGAUCACUUGGGAGAAGUCAUAUCCCAAAUGCAUAUAUGGAUAACUAGAGUUCUGUUCUCUGUGUUCUGCCAGUAACACAUUGCUGAUGUGAUUAGCUCAUUGCUCUGUGUUUGCAAGUGUAAGUACAUCUGUGACCACACAACCAUUUGCUAAUAAAUGAGGGGCAACUAAGAGUAGGUUUAUACAAAUAUAGUUAUAAGAUAUGUAAGUAAUAUGUGUUUGGCUACACAGAUUUCAGGAAGUAAGCACGUUAAACAUAAUUGCACUGGGGCUUUGACCAUCUUUAAGGAAGCCGAUGCUGUAUAACCUCUACACAUUUGAGUAGGGGUCGACUUAUUAACCCAAAGUGCCUCUCUCAAUUGUGAUAAUCUGUUGUUGUUUUCCUCUCAAAAAGUUUCCAAACAAGUUUCACUGAAAGAUGCUGAA